UUGAUUGACGAAUAUAGAGAUAUGGGGGUGUUGGAGAUUGCGAAGUCAAAAGAUUUUUUUUCAUAUACGUUGUAAACCCUGUCGUAGAAUUUAUAAUAUGAAAUAGCAUCAGGCAGCUUCGUUGUGAGACAUCAACGCUGAGGCUCGGCUGAGCCUGCGGCCAGGAUGGCGACGCAGCCGAGCGACAACACGGAAUUUCCGCCCGAGAUCAUCCUGAAGCCGCUGGCGCUGGUUGGGCUGUCAGGGCUCGACACCAUUAACAACGCUGUGCACCGCGCCAUAUGGGAUGCCUUCUCCUCUAACCGCCGCGCCGACCGAGCGCCUGUACGUUUUAAACUUCUGAAUAAUACUUUCGAAUUUCCAGUGGUUAAGCCCAAAAGAAGUUCCUACGAAUGGUAUAUUCCUAAAGGUAUUCUGAAGAAGAACUGGAUCCACAAGCGGGUGUCACUGAUUCCUGCAGUCGUCAUUAUAUUCUAUGACAUGGAGUGGAAUGACCCACAAUGGAAUGAGAAGAUUAUAGAGUGUGCAUCUCGCGUUCAAUCGAUCCGAGCUGCCGUGGAGGGACACGCAACGCGCGUGGCUGUCGUGGUGGUGCAGAGUGGGUUGUCCCCACCACCCUCCGAGUAUAUGCUCGGUGCUGAGAGAGCGCAGGCUCUGUGUGCAGCCUGUGAGAUACAGUCAAAAUCAUUAUUUGUACUUCCACACAGUGACCAUCUCAUAGGUUACAUUAUUCGCUUGGAAAAUGCUUUUUAUGAUAUUGCACAGAAUUACUAUCAUCAUGAAACAAAAAAUAUCAAGCAGCAUAGAGAUCAUCUCAAUAAGACCACACACCAGUACUUGUUUGUGAGACACCAGUUCAAGCUGGGUUUCCUCAACGAGCUGAAACAGGACCUCAGCACAGCACACAAGCACUACAUGCAUGCUUACAACAACCUGAUGGAGACUAGGACAGUAGACACCAACACUCAUGAAGUGCGCACAGUGGCAGGCUACAUCAACUACAAGCUCUGCAAGUUGUUAUUUGCAUUGAAUCUACCUAGAGAUGCUAUAGCUCAACUAAAAACACACAUUGAAAGGUACAAAAGCAGAGUAGGUCCCACUGAGCUACUCUUUGAACAUUAUGCUUGGAUUGCAAGACAAUACAGUGCUUUUGGAGAGUUGUUUGAUGAAGCAAUACGAGCUGGACUGCCUGCCAUCCAGUCCCAGCAUCCUGGCUUCUACUAUCAGCAUGCCGCUCAAUUUACAGUCAAGAGAAGACAAGCAAUGAGAUCAGUUUGUAGUGAAGCUACUCAGUACCCUCCGCCACCAGAUCCCAUGGAAGGUAUUGUGGAAUUUUAUGGCCAGAGACCUUGGCGACCUGGCCGCCUCAGUGCUGACCCUCAUGAUCCUCAAAAAGAACAGGCAGCGGUAUUGGCACUACAAUAUAAUGAGAGGAUUUUCAACCACUCUGCCUUGAUCAUUAGUUUCCUUGGCUGUGCUAUUGCACAAUUCAAAACAUUCCACUCACCCCGGAUGAGGAAGCAGCUUGUUGUGGAAAUGGCAAAUGAAUACUUCUAUUGUGCAGAUUAUGGCAAAGCAUUAACAUUAUUGUCCCACAUGCUCUGGGACUAUAGGAGGGAAAAAUGGUGGUUUCUGGCUUCUCAUGUGCUAAAUCGUGCAUUGCAAUGUGCUUAUUUGUCAGCCAAAAUCCAGGACUACCUGCAACUCUCAGUUGAAGCCUUGUCUAAAUAUAUUCAAGUGCCAAAUAAUGACAAGGACAGAAUAUUCCAAAAUAUCAUAUCUAUCCUCAACUUAAAUAUUCCUGGCCCUGAGCCUGAUUUACCUGCGUCAUCACAGAGCAAAGCCCUGGAGCUGUGGCAGCUGGCUAUCGAGAAGGAACCCCUCACAGUGGCGGUGGACAUGGCCAACAUCUCUAGUUUCCUGGAAGUGAAGUCCAAGUUCAAGCAGCAGAAAUACAGAAUGGAUGAGACUGUGGAAGUGGAGCUGUAUGUGAGACUGAGCUACAACACUGUGCUGCAUGUCAAGAAUGCAUUCAUGACAAUAUCUAGUCAUACUGAAACUAUUGAGAUUCCAAUCACAAAUGACACUAAUGCACCUAUAACUUUGGAAGGAGGUAAAGUGAAGAGAUUUUUAUGUCCAUUUAAAUCAAAUCCCCUAGACAAUGGAUCUGAUUUACAUAUCAAAAAUGUGUCAUUUGUCUUGGACUCUGAUAGAAAGAGAAAAAUAGUUAUGAACUUCAAAACAGAAGAAAGCAAAGUGUCAGACUCCACCAUCCAUCCAGAGUUGCUGCAUUUUAUACUCAGUCCUAAAACAGAUUAUGAAUUUGACUGUAUAGUGCCUUUAACAACAGCUUCAGUGACAGCAAGGGAAUGCAGAUUGUCUAUAGAAGUCUCCAAUGCAAGUCCAGCCCUACAGGGGGAAUGGUUCCCAACAACUUUUACCAUAACAAACAAUGAAGAGAGUUCUGUCUAUGAUGUCAAACUUGUUCUCUCUCUAUUGGCUUCUCCUGACAACCCCAACCCAGAGUCAGUCACAGAUUUGAGUUUACAGGAAGGUGAAGCCCAAACUCAACCAUUGAAGAUAUCAGCUGGAAGUAUCAGCCAAUUGUCAAACAACACUCAUACGUUUUAUUUGAAGACCAACAGGACAGCAACCACUACUGUACAGAUCAAGGUAUCAUACUUGAUUGACCUUCCAGAGAUAUCAAAAUUAGAAUGUGUGAAAGACUUCAUUACAAAGAUCACAGUCAUAAAACCAUUUGAAGUAUCCACUAACUUUGUAGCUAUGAAUUUUCAACCUAUUCCAAAAUGCUUUGUAGAUGAUCCAUUUAUUGUAAUGCCACAAAUAAAAAUUUUGAGCCCAUGGGAGCUAAUGAUAUUGGAUACAGACCUGGAGGUGACAGAUUGCUUUUGCCAUGGAGAUGAAACAAGAUCUUCUUCAUGCAUUAAUAAUUUGGAGGUGGCAGAGAGGAACAUUGCCUCGGAUGCUAUCUGUAUACAGGCGAAAUAUAAACCUAAGGAUCUUCCUACAAGAGUCGGCCUUUACAACAUUACAUGGAGACGGAAAAACAAUCCAAGUGGACACCAUGUGAUGAGCAGCACUGCUCUGUCUGGCCUGCCCAUAGAUGAGUGUCCAGUGUCCAUUGAAGUCAAUUACCCUGAGGUUGUAGAGCUGCUCACUUCAGUUCCAUUAAAGUGUACUCUCAUUGGAAAGUCACACAUACCAGUUAGAUUAAGUUUGACAGUAGAGGGCACCGAUGCAUACAUGUUCUCAGGAUAUAAGAAGUUGUCGGUAACAGUGCCUCCUAAUGAGAGAGUAGAGCUGUGCUACAACAUUCAUCCACUGGUUGCCGGCAACACAACACCUCCUCGGUUAAAACCCACAGUUCUGGGAGACACCACCAAGCAAGAUGUAGUGAGAGAGAUGUUUGAAAAGAUAUUUCCACAGAAUAUAUUUGUUAUGCCGAAGUACAAUAAAUGAAUUGUAUGUAAUUAUUAUUCCUUGGGUUUUUAUUGGAGAUUGUAAAUAAUUUGAACAAAGUGUAUAAGUUGUAAUGUAUGUAGUUACCUUAUCUUUAUUUUAAUAAAUAAAUUCAGUUAACUGUUA